AUGCCAAAUAAAACGACACUUCGCCCAUGGCCGAAACCCUCAUGUGCCUGGGAACGGCUACACAUCGACUACGCGGGACCGAUCGAAAAUGAAUAUUUCUUAGUUCUCGUAGACGCGUAUUCAAAAUGGCCAGAGAUAGUUCCGACCAAAUCCAUAACAGCACAACAAACUAUUGAUAUCUUGACCGAGAUAUUUGCCCGCUUUGGAACUCCGAGAACAAUAGUGUCCGACAACGGCACGCAGUUUACUAGCGCGUUAUUUCAACAGUUCCUAGAAGGGAAUGGCAUCGAACAUCUGCGUUCGAGUCCGUACUACCCAAUGUCGAACGGGCAAGCAGAGCGAUUUGUUGACACCUUCAAGCGCGCUCUCACUAAAUUGAACGGAGAGGGAACUACCCACAAAAUCCUACAAACUUUCCUACAGUGCUACCGCUCAACACCCAACAAAAACAACGAAAACAACAGAACGCCAGCUGAAGUUUUAUUAGGGAAAAAUAUACACACCAACUUAGAUUUGAUGAAACCAAAACCGGUUAUUAAUCGUCAACUCGACCAGCAGCAACAGAGUAUGAAACGGCAAUUCGACAGAGCGCAUGGCGCGAAGGAAAAAUUGUUCCAACCCAAAGACAAAGUAUAUGCUAGCGUGUUCAAAGGCAAAAACAAAUUCAAAUGGAUACCAGGCGAAGUAAUUGAGCGGGUUGGAAAUGUUAUUUACAAUGUUCUGCUUAGCGACGGAAAGCUCAUAAGAGCACAAGCAAACCAGUUACGAAAGCGCACUCACACCACAGAGUCAGCGGCAGCUGCAGAAGAAAAUGCAAACAAGACGUUGAUCGAUGCGUUUGGUCUAUAUGACGGCACUCAUGCUGAGACAGAAGCUCAAAGAGAACUCGUUUCUGGUGAGACUCAAUCCCAAGCAUCGCCGAAGGAACCAUCACCUACAUUGAAGGAGCGUAUACAGCGUAUACGCCGACCAGUGGAACGAUUUGUUCCCACCUAA